CCCGCGCGCGUCACUGAUAACAAUGGCGGAUGGCGUUCCGGCUCAGCCGAUCCGCUCGAGACGCACAAUCUCCUUCUUUUCUUGUUCCUUUUCUGGUUUAACUGGUUAACUCUUAGUUCGACGAGACGCACAAUCAACUCACCCUGGCCGAGAAAUUCGCAGGAAAGAUUCUUUUUCCUCCCAAGAUUCCGAGGACGAUAACAAACGCGCGCGAAGGGGGCCCUCGAGAUCGGCCGACGCACUCUCGCUAUGUAAGAUUUUCGCUCGGCGGGUUGCUCUUUAAGGGGCCAAGCGGGGUCGUCGCAGCCGAUAGGCUGCGUGUGACGUGGUCGCGUUUAUUGACCAUAUAACCCCUUCCCGACUGUCGUCGUCUGCGACUUUACGACAGACAGGUGUGUAUACGUAUACGAACUAUUGACCGCCCGCGCCUCCCUCGAAUUAUUUGCCCGACCUGACCCGAGGAGCCGCUUCGAGAGGGAAAGAAAAGGGACGCGCGUCGUCUUGAAAUCCUAUAUACGACGUUGCAUUGUUUCGCCAAGGAACAGGCCUAUGGCGGUCUUAUGUUUUGUAUAAGGGGAAGAUGAUUGGGAGAAUCUGAGGAUAACGUAGAAUGGGAUGAAAUGGCGAAAAAUUGUAUUAUUUUUAUUAAUAUGUUAUUUGACAUGAUCGUCUAUUCUGAUAAAACUUGGUAAAGGUUAUAUGUCUUAGAACAAUGAUAUAACAAAGUUAUAAUAUUAAGACAACUUGAGGGAAAUAGUAUUGUCUAUGAAUUAAAAAUUAUCAAAGUUACUUAACAUGUAUAUAUCAUCAUACGAAUACUAUUUUCUCUUACUAUUAGUUAUUCUUCCUGUAUAUCUCUUUUUUAAACUUUGGUCAUGGCUUGGAUGGCAAUUGUUUGUAAAUAAUUAAAAUUUUAGUAUUUAAAAAUGCAACCUAAAUAAUAAU